AUGACAAACACAUGUACAAAACCUUCAAGAUCAUCCUGGUAUGGUUCCCGUGUAGACAUAGAUAUUAGCAAAACAACCGCUAAAGUAGGAUAUUUUGAUUCUUGUGGAAACCAAGUUAAUAUUGUAAGAGAUCAGGAACACUUUGGAAACGGAUACAAAACAUAUACACACAGGGCAGAUCGAGGAGGAGAUUUUAUUGGUGGAAUAAACUACGCUGGUAAGAAUCAGAAUGGAUUUGGUAAUUUAAACACUGUACACCACAGAGAAGCCACAGUAAUAUAUUGGUACUACGAUUAUGAUAACCGCAUACCACUUCUAGUUAUACUGCAUGGUAGCUAUGUUUCUACCUACUACUCUAGGGACAACUAUUUUUCAACUCCAUCAACCUGGAAGAAAGAUGACUACUUCAAGUAUCGAUCUAAUCAUAUUUCAGUGAUCAGUUCGAAAAUAAAGGAUUUGGUGGUACUCAAACUUGAUGCUGUAAAUGAGAACUACUUUGCCAAUGGAGAUUCUAAAAAGAUUCCUGCGAUAAACGGAGACGCUAAAGUAUUAGUAACAUCGUCUAUAUAUGAGAAUAUAUAUGACAAGUAUAUUCACAGACCAUCGGGAGGAAUAUCUAUAAUGAGACUUUGUUCAACAAUAAUUAAAGAUACGAAUAUAAAAUUCAGUGAUACUCCAUAUACAAAACAGUCCAAAGAAGCACAUGUAUAUUACUGGACUUGUGACAAAGAAUGUGUUCGUCCUCUUAUUAUUGAACUGUUUUCCGGAUCCUCCACUUACUAUAAGUUUAUUAAUGAUAAGAAUAAUAAGAGAUGGCAGAAUGACGGUGGAAUAGAUAAUAAAAACCUCAAAGAUAAAUUAGACCAGCUAAACUGUGAAAGGAACAAAGCUCAUCAAAUUGACAUUUCGCAAAGUACUUCUGAUGAAACUACUUAUAUCUGUCUGAAUAAAGGUUGUAACACUCAAAUUACUCUGUCAAAUACAACUGUAAAAAGUCCUGAUUAUUCUAGGUUCUCACAUUACAUCUCUGGUGGCUCAUCUCAUCUUUCAGUUUCCAGGUUUAAAGACGGCAAUGAUGAACAAACAGGACUUCCAACCGUUAAGGAUGUACAUCAGAUUAAUGUAUUUUUAUACCCUGAGAAAAAUGGGACUCCACUCCUUAUUAACUACCAGGUGUCUGGAGAAGAUAAAUGGUUUAAAAGAGGCUCUCCUAAUGUAAAUACUUGGACUGAAAUAGUUGAAAAUACCCAAAAUAGACCUGAACAUGAUGGUGACCACGAAAAUAUUUUGAAAAACCUUCUGGAUUCCUAUUCUCCAGAAGUUACCAUAGACAGUAAGACUGAUACACAAACUCCUUAUGAUCCCGAUUCCAAAUCAGCUUCUAAAGAAGAUGGACAUGAAGAUGCAAAAGGCAAGGACUCAGUUACAUCCCCUUCCAAAGAGUCUCCGGAUUCUUCUGGAGCAGUAACUGGUGGAAUACUAUGUGGCCUAGCCUGCUUAUGCCUUGUUGGUGCUGCAAUAUGGAAGGUAGGACCUUCAGUAAGGACUCUUUUGGCCAGUAGACAAUCCCUCUUGUAG